AUGGACAAUUAUGUCCAUGUUGAUGAGAAAUGGUUCUAUUUGACAAAGGUGAAUCGAAGGUAUUACGUGUACGAUGAUGAAGAAGUGGCGGCGCGAACUGUCAAGUCGAAGCACUUCAUCACUAAGGUCAUGUUUUUGGCGGCUGUUGCCCGCCCACGUUUUGACCCGCACACGAGGCGCGUUUUUGAUGGCAAGAUUGGCGUGUGGCCGUUCGUGGAGGUCGUGGCGGCGAAGCGAACAAGCGUCAAUCGCGACAAGGGAACCUUGGUGACUGUUCCCUUGUCUGUGAAUGCUGUGCAAGACAAUGCGAGCCCCCACAAGUGCGUGACCACAAGAAAGCUCGAUGACCAUGGAAUUAGCGACGUCGACCGCCAUGUAAAUGAGGCACUGCUGCAUGCCGCGCACCUCGAGUGGCGCCAUAACUUAAUAAAAUUGUUGUUGUUCUAA